AUGGCAUCUGACAGUACAACAAGCGAAACAUUAAUUAGUCAUCAAUCUCGAUUAACUCAUACUCCAUGGCAUUCAAAUAAUGAUUUGUUACAUAUAUCAAAGAAAAUUUCAUCGUUAGACCAAUCGUCGACAUCUUCCGAAACAAGCACGCUGACGGACAGUCAAUCAAUCGAUAAUUCUAUUAUUCAUUUUUCGGAUAAACAUUGUAACGGCGAAAACGAAAUCGAAAACUUAACAGAGAUAAAUAACGACCAUAAUACCUUAUCGUUAUCGUUAAAUCAGAUAAAUGUUAAUAAAACACCGUCGAAUGAUGAUCAUGAUCAGAAACAAGAAGAAGCAAGUUCAGAUAUCUCAACUAAGUCAUAUAAGAAUGAUCCAUCGUGUGAUUUUACGUCAAUGUCAGAUAAUGUUAAACGAGAGCAAUUUAAAAUUCAAGAUCACAGUGAUGUAACAAACAGUGACGAUCAACAACAACAACAACAGAUUGAUGCUGAUCAAGACGAACUUGAUGAAGUGUCGAAAACAGUAAAAAGAAUCACAGAAGAAACAGAACAGUCUGAAAAAUACCCAUUGUUAGUUAGUACUUUUAUAUCAUCUGACAACAGUAAUGGUAGCGGUGGUGGCGGCGGUGAAAACAGCCCAAAACAACCUCCACAUCAAGAUUUAAGUUCAUCAUCUUCAACACCCUCGUAUGAUAAUGGAGCAAGCACCUCAAUCGACUAUCUAAAUUCAUUUAUUCAGUCGACAACAAGCGCUUUAGCAAGGACACUAUCAAGUUCAACAACAACAAAUGGUAGUUCGUCAAUUUAUUUACAUACAAGAAAUUCCUCAAAAACGUUGAAAUGUCCAAAAUGUAACUGGCAUUAUAAAUAUCAGGAAACAUUAGAAAUUCAUAUGAAAGAAAAACAUCCUGAUCAAGAAACAUCAUGUUUAUACUGUUUAUCAUCUCAACUUCAUCCUCGUUUGGCACGUGGUGAAUCGUACUCAUGUGGCUAUAAACCUUAUCGUUGUGAAAUAUGCAAUUAUUCUACAACAACAAAAGGAAAUUUAUCCAUUCAUAUGCAAUCAGAUAAACAUAUGAACAAUAUUAGAGAAUGUCACCAACAAACAAAGAGCCUCAUUUCAACAAUUAGUAGUAAUAAUAGCGAAACUCAUCAACAAGAUACUAUCAAUUCAUCGUCACCACCACCACCGCUAUCAACGGAGGAAUUUUCAACAGUUGAAAGUCAGACACCAGCAGCAAUACAAUCAUCAGUAUUUCGAUGUGAUUCACUCAAUAAUGAAACAAAUAGUCGAAAUUUGAGGAUACAUAUGAACAGUGAUAAACAAAUCCAGGACAGUCAACAAAAACAGAUAAAAAAUGGAACAACAGCAACCAAUGAGGAGAAUGAUGAAAGAUCUGUUGAAAAAAAGCCAACAAAUGAUGAAAUAAGUCCACCAAAAGAAGUCCCAUUUGACACUUAG